UCUCAGGGGCAAAUGGUUGCAUUGAAUACCGCUAAAAAUAUGUUGCUUGCAAAAUUUAUCGCUCUGCUUGUGAGCCUAAUAUUAGGUGUUCAGCUAUGCGCAGGACAAGGGGACUUAACCGUCGAAUCUCUCGACUGCAAUUGCGAUGUUGAUAUUGAUAUUGUAAAACGGGUUCUGGAAAAGCUGGAAAAACUCGAGAAACGUGUAGAGGAAAUCUACAACCGAAAGGAGAGCACCCAAGUGAUCACAGCCACACCGAAAACCAAUAUGCCCGGCAGCUGCUUGGAAGCUACAAGCGCCACAUCUAAAAGUGGCAUUUAUCAGAUUAAAGUUGAACGCUUCAGCGAAACUCCCUUUGGAGUGUGGUGUGAUCAGGAUUCCGAUUUCGGUGGUUGGACUGUUAUACAGCGGCGUGUCAACGCUGAGGUAGACUUCUAUAGGACCUGGACGGACUAUAAGAUCGGUUUCGGCAAAUUGGAUGGUAGCUAUUGGAUCGGGCUCGAUAAGUUGCAUGCGCUCACCACAAGCUGUGAACACGAGCUGUACAUACGAAUGGAAAGCUUCAGCGGUGUGAAAUACUAUGCGAGAUAUAGUCUAUUCGUUGUGGGUAGCGAGGCGGAAGGCUAUUUUCUAAAAACAGUGGGCGAUUACAAAGGUGAUGCAAGCGAUUAUUUCAAAAAUCACGAAGGCAGUAAAUUCAGCACAUAUGAUCGUGAUAAUGAUCAAAAGGACGAUGAUAAUUGCGCGAAGAAGUGGCGCGGCGGUUGGUGGUAUAACUGUUGCUAUUGGAGCAACUUGAAUGGCGAUUAUACAAAAAAGAAUGGCGGUGAGGGCAUAGUGUGGAUCGGCAUAAACAGAGAUGAGUCAUUGAAGUUCGUGCAAAUGAUGAUACGCCCCACGCAGAACUGCUUGAAACGGCUAUCAUUGAAAUAUUGAGCUAUGCGUUUGCCAGUGGUGACCUAUACUAUGAAUUAUUAAAAAUUAUACGAAUUACAUUUUUUUUAAGUUAUUAUCUGCUGCAAAUUUAUUAGUGCAAAUAAAAGAGAGCUAGAAAGAGAUGAAAA